ACUUGUCCGACGCAGGGAGACACUCCUCCGCUUCGCGUUGAGCCGUGAGAGCGCGCCGCUCGUGUGAGCUGGAUUUCCGACACCUCGCCCGACUCGUCGGAUCGAUCCGCAGCCUACAGCCGCCGGGGCAGGGACAUGUCCCCGUGGAUGCUGCAGCCUCCAUCUCCGCUGGAUUGAGACCACGAGGAGAUGACCGUGCGGUGGAGCUGACCGGCGGAGUGUCUGCGCUAACAGCGGAGGAGCUGACGGUAAAUGAGAGGCCGUCACCAUGCCCCCGGGGAAGUAUGGGAUGCAGGAGGAAUGGGAGCAGGAGGACGUCCAGGAGAUCAUGAUGGACUUCCUGCUGCCUACUGGGAUCUUCCUCAAAUUCCUUGUGUCUCGGAACGACACCAUCAGAAGCAUCAAAAAAAUGGUUUGGAGAAAUGCCAGAAGCGAGGCCCUUUUCAGCGCACUGGGUGACCCCGACGCGUACGUCUUCACCUGCAUUAACCAGACAGCAGAGAGGGAGGAACUGGAGGAAGAAUCGAGGCGCAUCAGCGACGUGAGGCCCUUCAUGUGUGUUCUGAGGCUGGUGGCGAGGGAGGGCGACCGAGUGGAGAAACUCACCAACACCCAAAUCAGCCUGCUAAUUGGCAAAGGUCUGCAUGAGUUCGAGGCCCAGAAGAACCACGAGGUGAAUGAGUUUCGGACUAAGAUGCGCACGUUUUGCGAAGAGAAGGCUCAGGAGCGGCAGAUGUUGCCCUGGCAGCAGUGGAUGGAGUACAGCUUCCCAUGUGACCUGGAGCCGUGCUGCUCUCUGCCGCAGAGUGGGUGUGCGAAGUCGAAAAACACCAAGAAGAUUUUCAUUAACGUCAAGUUUGAGGCUUGCGAUGAAAGCUUCAUGCUGCAGCUGGAUCCUCAGGACCACCCAGUGGCUCUGAUGAGGAGCGCCCUAAAGAAGAAGGCCACCGUCUUUCGCUCAGUGCGACAGGAGCCCGAGGACUACACCUUACAGGUCAACGGGAGGUGGGAGUUCAUCUAUGGGAAUCAUCCCCUGUGCCAGUUCAAAUACAUUUUCUCGUGUUUGAGAAAUGUCCAAAACCCACAUCUAACCAUGGUGCAUCACUCCACCAUCAGCAAGCAUCAGGAAGAACAGGGCAGAAUGUGUAGCCAGGUAUACAAGAGUCGCUCUUAUUCCAAACCUCCUCCACUGCCCCUGAAGAAGCAGAAUACCUCCUCUCUUUGGUCCAUCAAUGAGCCUUUCUACAUUCACCUGCUGCAGGGCAGCCGAGUCAAUGCAGAUGAAGGAAUGAAGCUUGUGGUUCAGGCCGGUCUGUUCCAUGGCAGCGAACUGCUCUGUAAGGUGGUGACAAGCUCGGAGGUGACAGUGAGUUCUGAGCCGCUGUGGGAUCAAAAGCUGGAGUUUGACAUAAAUGUGGCCGACCUGCCUCGCAUGAGCCGCCUGUGCUUUGCGCUCUAUGCUGUCAUCGAGAAAACCAAGAAACCCCGCGGCACCAAAAAGAAGAAUAAGAAAGCGGAUUGUCCCAUAGCCUGGGUAAACACCAUGGUGUUCGACUACAAGGACCAGCUAAAGACUGGGGAGUUCCUCUUGUCCACAUGGCCAUCUGUUCCAGAUGACAAAAGUGACCUGUUGAACCCCAUGGGAACAGUCGAGAAGAACCCCAACGUGGAUAGUGCUGCGGGACUCCUCAUUCGUUUCCCCAACAUCCGACCACAUCCUCUUUAUUACCCGCCGCUUGACAAGAUAAGUGACAUACAGAGGAAUGGUGAUGCAGUUAUUGCCACUAAAGAAGAGUACAUGAAACUAAAAGAAAUCAUGGACAACAAAAACUACACCGAGUUUUUCGAGGAUGAGAAGGAACUCCUGUGGAAGCUCCGUGCCGAAGUCCGUGACCAUUAUCCAGAAAAUCUGUCCAAGCUGCUCCUCAUCACCAAGUGGAAUAAGCGAGAGGACGUAGUUCAGAUGGUGAGUCUGCUGAGGAACUGGCCAGACCUCCCUGCCAUCCAUGCCUUGGAGCUCUUAGACUACAGUUUUCCCGACCCAGCGGUCCGUUCUUUCACUGUCAGAUGCCUGAGGAAGCUCAGUGAUGAUGAACUGCUACAGUAUUUAAUCCAGCUGGUCCAGGUCCUGAAGUAUGAGUCCUACCUAGACUGUGACCUCACUACUUUCCUGCUAGAGAGGGCUUUGUCCAACAGGAGGAUAGGACACUUUCUGUUUUGGCAUCUCAGGUCAGAGAUUCACGUGGCGUCUGUGACUUUGCGUUUUGGCCUGAUUCUGGAGGCCUACUGCAGGGGGAACAUCCACCACAUCAAGUUCUUAUCCAAACAGAAUGAGGCUCUUGGCAAAAUGAAGGCCCUGAGUGACUUUGUCAAAUCGGGCUCCCAGAAGAUGAUAGCAGAGGACCUGAAGCUGUGUAUCAGACAGGAGUCCUACAUGGAGGCGCUGUCAGACCUGCUGUCACCACUCAACCCCAGCAUCAUCCUCGCUGAGAUCUGUGCAGAUAAGUGCAGGUUUAUGGACUCCAAGAUGAAGCCGCUCUGGCUGAUGUAUAAGAACCCCUGGGCUCAAGGAGACAUGGUGGGCAUAAUCUUCAAGAAUGGAGACGAUCUUCGACAAGACAUGUUGACCCUCCAGAUGAUCCAGCUCAUGGAGACUUUAUGGAAGAAAGAAGGCCUUGAUCUCAGGAUGAUCCCAUAUGGCUGCUUGUCCACUGGGAACAAGAUGGGGCUCAUCGAGGUAGUGAAGAACUCUGACACCAUCGCCAAUAUCCAGCGCAACAGCAGUAACAGUGCCGCCACCGCUGCCUUCAACAAGGAUGCCCUGCUCAACUGGCUCAAAUCCAAGAAUCCUGAGGACAAACUUGAUCAAGCAAUAGAAGAAUUCACGCUGUCCUGUGCUGGCUACUGUGUAGCUACUUAUGUCUUGGGCAUCGGAGAUCGUCACAAUGACAAUAUCAUGAUCAGGGAAACUGGACAGCUGUUCCACAUUGACUUUGGGCAUUUCCUGGGCAACUUCAAGCGGAAACUAGGGAUCAACAGGGAGCGUGUGCCUUUCAUCUUGACUUAUGACUUUGUCCAUGUGAUCCAGCAAGGAAGGACAAACAACAGUGAGAAGUUUGAGAGGUUCAGGGAGUACUGUGAGUGGGCCUAUAAGAUCCUGUGUCGGAACGGGACGCUGUUCGUCAACCUCUUUGCUAUGAUGAAGGCAGCAGGACUGCCAGAGCUCACCUGCUUCAAAGACAUCCAGUAUCUAAAGGAUUCUUUAGCUUUGGGUAAAUCAGAAGAUGAGGCACUGAAGAAUUUCAAAGUGAAGUUUAACGAAGCUCUGCGAGAGAGCUGGAAGACCAAGGUCAACUGGAUGAUGCACUCCUUGGCCAAAGAUAACAGACCUUGACGGACACUGAACACCUGAGGAUGAGCCAAAAAUAAUGGAUUUUAUCUCAUGGACAUAAAAGGGAAAAAACACAAUCAAAUAUUUUACUUUAUUGAUGGCAUUCAAGGACACUCAGCAAAUGUUUACAUCUGACUGGCAUGUCUGUGGUAAAUAAUGACUAAGUGGAGGCAUCCAAAGACAAUAACAUAAUCAUGUAGCAUCAUUUUAGCACACAGAUAUUUUCACAAUGAGGGAUAUCCAUCACAGUCAUCUUUCUCCCAUCAAACAAUAGAACGCCUUCGCCUUGGGGACAUAUUGAGACAGACAAUAAACGUAUGUUUUGGAUUUACUGAAAUCGCUACUUGAAAACCACCUGCUCAUAAAAUGGUCCCAUGACUCACGGAAACAGAAGCAGAAACUGAAGUUGAUCUCACCAACUGCAUUACUCAGCAGGGAGCAGACGGCAAACAAUGAUGAUGAUUUAUGAUGACUUUAGGUGAUACCUAUCAGUCACAGAGUACAAUAACAGGGCAGCAGUUUCACCACAAGUGUUUGAUAUGGUUGAUAGCUGUGACAUUUCCUCUCAUUUAAACUGCCUCUUUGCAAUUUUGUCUUUUUUUUAUUUUAUUUGAUUGUAUUUUAUUUAAUCUGGUAACUUUGAAGUCAUUGUAUAAAGUCAUGUAGAAUAUUUUAAAAAGAUGUGUUUUACUGCUGUACCCCUUAUUGAUGUAUAAUAUUGCCUUGAAGUACAGUAUGUUGCUUUAGGAGUGCCAGUAGACAGGAAGCAUUGUAACAUUUACAGUUUAUUAUAAGAUGAGAAAAUAACUUUGAAUGGGGCAUUUAUUUUGAUAACAUCCCUGUGUACCAGGCUGUGAAACCCAUCAGACCCUCAUUAAACAACAACUACACAUUAAAGGAAUUGUUUGACAUUUUGGUAAAAAUGCUUAUUUGCUUUCUUGCUGAGAGUCAGAUGAGAGGUUCAAUACCACUUUCAUGUUUGUCCGUUAAACGUGAAGCUGGAGCCAUGUUGUCCCUACCUUUGCACGCAGCCAGGCUAGCUAUUUCCCCCUGUUUUCAGUAUGUAUGCUAAGCUAAGCUAACCGCCUCCUGGCUCCAGCUUCGUAUUUAACAGAUAGAUAUGAAGGUAGUACAGAUUCUUUCGUCUAAUUCUUGUCAAGAGAGUUACUCCCAAAAUUAUAAACUAUUCCAUUAAUGACAUGACUGCCAUUAGCAACUGGACAACAACUGAUCUCAGGUGCUAGGUGAAGAUGUUAUAGAUGUUUGGUGAAAGUAACAGACAAAAUAUUAACCACAUGCUUUAGUAGGACCCAAAUAAGACAAUCUCUGGACUCGUUUAAGCCAUAGACAUGUGGUUGCGUUUCUUAAAAUGUGGUACUGUUCACAUGGCCCUUUUGAAACUGUAAUUCUGGGCUAUGAGUACUAUCUCAGAUGAUGCAGUGCGUGUGACUGUGUUUGUAUGAGUGGGUUUAUGAGUGUGUGUGUGUUGUUUUCUGAUAUUUAAGUUAUGCAUUGUGAUUUCCAUUGCAUUUUUGAACUGAUGUGCCAGGUGCCAUGAGAGAGAUUUCAUGCUUACAGUUUCAAACACCUCUAUACUUUGACAUAUCUAAUGCUGUGCAAAACGGUUUGUCUGUCUAACUGAGCCCAAGUGCUGGAUGAUUCAAUUUUAUGGUGUUCAGAUUACUUUACAUCCUGUAUAUCCUGCCGUCAGUCCUGCAAGUUGAAUGAAAGAAAAUGUGUUUUUCAUAACGUUUUUAUUUUGCAUAACAUGUAAAUGAUCUCUACCGUUUGUAUGAGUCUCUAUAGAAUGAUGACUUUUACAGAAGAGCAAGUGUAGCUGUAGAUUAUACAGCAUAAAUACCUUAAACUACUGAAAUAUUCACUGUUGAAUAGAUUUUAAAUAUGGGUCAUCACUGUCCAACAGUGUGGGCUUCGCUAAACACUGCUGGUUUAAGCCAAGAGGAGUGAGUAUACUCAGUUUAUGGGCUACUUUUGCAAACUGUAAAAUAUACUUCUGUUGCCUUUUGAAUUGAUUGUAAUUCAUUAAUUAUUUCAAAUGGUACAAAUCCUUUAAGGUUCAGGCCUGAUUUACAUGUGUGCAGCUAAAAAAGACAAAUUGUCCUGUUAGCAUAGGUCUGAUGUAGACCUGUCCUUUAUCUGCAUCCUGUUUUCACCUUUGCUUCACUUGCUGUUGGGAGGGAAACAUACAAUCAAUAAAAAGUUUGCAUCAGCAGAUCUCACUGAGGCUUUCAAAGUUUUAAGUCAUUUGUAAGCUUAGUUUUUUUUUUGUUUUUUUUUUUGGUGAAAAGUGGGCUGAUCAUGGAUGAAGGCCAGAGCCAAUAAAGUCACCCCUGCUUUCCUUUUUUGUGAGAUCUCUAUACAGCUUGAACAGAAAUAUUCAUUUUAUGAAUCAGUAAAUGCACAAUAUUCCUGUCUUGGCCCCUCUUAAUUUUAAUGAAUACACUCAAUAUAGCUUCCAUAUUUGGGUGUGUACCAACUGAUUGAUUUCUGAUUAUGCAGGGUGGUUUUUGCAAAUGUGAUUAAGUCCAUCUAGUGGGUUCACAGUUUGUAAUUGUUUUGGCAAUAAUGCAACAAAGUUCACAGAUACAGUAUACUUCAAUGGGAGAAAUGUCUAACUUGAGUACAUAUAUAUGAAUCAUACAUAUGUAAAACUCAGAUUAUUUGUUUUGAUGGCUUUCCUCUAGUGAGCACGAGAAAUAGCAUUAGCGUAGACUAUAGAUUCAUAUAACAUUGAAAAAGCAGGUAUACCUGGUUUGAUAUUGGAACAUUUCAACAUUUCAAUUUACAUAGGUUGUUCUUUCCUUACAGAGGAGUGAGAUUGCCUGAAAGUUAAGUAUCUGUAUUUGUGCUACUGUAAAAUGUAAAACCAAAAACCACAAUUAAAAUUAUAGAAGAAAGUUUGACAAUGAAGCAAAUUAGUUCCUACAAAUAAUAUUUCCCCGCUGAAUAUCAAUAAUUUUGUAUUAUCUGAGAUGUGUGUUUAGAUACAGUUCUAUGAUAGAUCCUAAUGACCAUGUAGAGCCAUGAUUGGCGAGUAGCGGGCCGAAUCCAGCCCUUAAACAAAAAUAUUUGGCCCCACGACGAAAGCUAAAGUUUUCUCUUUUAUAGUUACACCAAAUCAUUUUCAUAGUUUUUCAUAAAUCUACUGUAGGUA